AUGAUCGUCACAUCUGCACAAGCUACUGAAAAGAUCUCUUCACUCAAUGAGGUCCAAGCUAUCACGGAGAUGGUUCAUCUCAGCUUUUCCAACUGCCCCGAUGAAAGGACGAAAUUCCUUUUCAAGAACUUGAUAGAUCAUCUCCACAAUUUCGUCCGAGAGACGUCUUUGACCCAUGAAGAGUGGUUGGCAUCGAUCAAUUUUCUGGACAGAUUCCGUCAGGAGGAUCAUUAUAUUAUGGUCCUGUCUGAUAUUUUUGGUGUGUCGACUCUCGUUGAUAUGGUGAGCAACAAGAAGCCUCUCAACGCCACGGAGAAUACAAUUUUGGGUCCCCUCUAUACCGAGAAUACUCAAAUCUUGAAAAAUGGCGAUUCCAUCGCUUCUGAGGGGAAAGGUGACUACUUCUAUAUGUCCGGACGUAUCCUGGACGUCCAAGGAAAUCCCAUCGCUGGCGCGAUAAUGGAUGUUUGGGAGGCAGAUCAACAUGGAGUUUAUGAUAUAGAGUAUCCGGACUACAACGACAAACCUGAUUGUCGAGGACGCUUCACGACUGGAGAGGACGGCGUGUUCGCAUUCAGAGCCGUGAAGCCAUUGGCGUACCCUUUCACUGACAAUGGACCUGCUAAAGAUCUGCUGGAUGCUCUUCACAGUACAAAGUACAGACCAGCACAUCUUCAUUUCAAGAUUGUCGCACCCGACUACAUGGAACUCGUCACUCAGCUGUACUUCAAGGAUGAUCAAUACUUAGAGAUCGACACUGCAUUUGCCGUCAGGCAGUCCCUCAUUGUGGAUCCGAAGUUGAUUACAGACACGUCUAUUACUCUGGCUCGGGGUUUCAAAGAAGCAAAGCCGCACCAUGAACUUGAGCGAGACUUUGUGCUUGUCAGGGAGCAGGACCUCAUCAAGCCAACACCCAAGGCUUGA